CAGAUGAGAAAUCUUCUGAGAUUAGCUUCAGAUCUCCUUGAGGCCACAAGUUUGACAAAUGAAGAUUUGUGGAUAUCUCUUCUAUAAAUACAGAACAAGCCAAGAGAGAAUUCUCCUCCUUGAUUUGUACCAGCCAUCUUCCCCUAUAAAUACCCUUGUAAUCCGAUAUUGUAAAGCAUCAAAGAGAGUAGCAAUUGAGAGGGGUUUGUGUAUACACUUGGGGUUUGGUGAGUGAUUUGUAAUCUCCUCCGUUAUAGUGAAAUCCGCUGCCUAUAGAGUAGACAAUUGCCAAACCACGUAAAUAUUGUCCCUCUGUGUUUGUUUGAGCCUUGAGGUGUGUGUGAGUUUUGGGUUUUGGGGUUUUUCCUAACACAAUCCUCAACUUAGGAUUAUCUAUACGGAUUGGAUAGGAUUUCACCGUAUGUAGUACAUAGGAUAGGUGAGGUUCCACGCAGGGAACAGAAAAAAGAAAAAAGAAAUGCCUCGUGAUCUAGCAAAGGAAAAUACAUGCCGUGAUCUAGCAAAGGAAAUACAAAUUUGGACUACUUCUAAACAGAAAAUACAUGCCCCUGAUCUAGCCCCUGUACACACGCGCAUUUCAUGAACAGAUUUUGUGUAAAUUGUUCAUUUCUUGAUCAGAUGUUGUAUCUGUAACCUUAGUGUAUGGUAAGUAUGAUAUUAGCUACGGUAGAUACGCCUUUUUGUAUCAUCUUUAAAUUUUAAUACACUAUAAAGUUAUUUAAUAAAGUAGCUUCAACUAUAGUUUUAGGGAAUUGAUAUUCAUGCUCCCUUUUUUGUUAUUCACACUUUUUUUUUUGUCUUUUAGAAAAAAAUAUAUAUAUACACUUUCAACACUAAAAAACAAAAAGGGAGUGUGAACAAAAAAAAAAGGGAGUGUGAAUGUCAAUUCCCUAGUUUUAAUGUGAAUUGAGCAUACUUGUGUUACCUUUUUGGGUAAUGAAAUUAAAGUGUGUUGCUUUAGGUAAAAAUGUGGUAAGUGUGCGUUAAAAGAUAGUGGUAAGUUUGCGUUAAAAGAUAGUAAUGGCACAUGGUAAGAAUGAUCAGCUUUUGUGAAAUCUGUUGCCUUAUUUUGUAGUAAGUAUAAAGUAUGGUAUUAAUGAUUGGUAGUUAUGCAUUUAUAUAUCGUCAUUUAUAAAUUCUCAAAAUCUCUAACAUUUUUCACCAAAAAGUGGCAAUUUGCUACCUAACGAUCCGGUUGUAGUAAGUUUAGCCGUAUAACAUAGUAACUUUGUGAGAAAAAAAAAUGCAGUAACUAGUACCUUAGCAAACGGUAGGUAAAACAAUAUUUUUUGGCCUAAAUUCAUAAAAUUAUUUCAAUUUUAGCAAAUUCAACUUACUUUUUUUGGAUAAUUUUGAUGUAACGUCAAUAUUUUUCAUAUUUUUUGAUUUAAAUAUUCAUAUUUAAUUGUAGCAUCAUACUCCCAUGCUAUACUCGGGAGCAUACCUUGGGCCUGUCUGUGACAGGAUAAGCUAUUCGGAUUUCAGAUAAGCUUAUCCAGGGUUUGUUGAUAGGAUAAGCUACCCAAAUAAGGAGUAACCCUUACCCUGGGCCCACCCUUAUCCAGGAUUUGUUAGGCCUUUCACUGUUUGGAUAACCUAUCCACGGGUAUAAGGAAGCCCUUGGAAGGGGACAAGGGAACCCCACCUGAGGGGUAGCGUUAGCUUAUGCGGGUGUUUCGAAUGACUGGGUUACCAUUUUUCCCGAACCUUCUACGCUUUUUCCCAGGGACCAGCAAACGAAGAGAGAGAGAGAGUGAGGCGAACCAGAGAGAACAGCCAAAGCAGCCACCGCUCUCUCUGAUUUCCGGUGACAUCUCUUCCUCAAGGCUCUGUUUCGACGGCAGGAAUCAAUCAUCAAAUGAGAAGGAAAAUUCUGAGGAAGAAUCUGAACAUAAAGGUGCAGCGAAUGUAAAGGUUGAAGAGAAUGAUGGGAUUGGAUUGUGUGGAGUUAUUUCGUCAACGCGGUCAUCUCCUGGGGUGCUCCUGAGGUACAGGUGGGGCACAUGAUACUGAAGGAAGAGACCAUAACCAGAUGAUAUGACUCCUAAAUGUGGGAAGGCACCAUUUCUAGAUGUUCAAUAAGAUGUGUUUGCAUUUGAGAAGGCAGAUGGUCCAUAUAAUUAUAUCCUCCUUGGGGCCCAUGAUGGAUCUCCUAAUGUUCAGCAUGAUGAAUUCAGUGGAGGUGCUACAGUUGAAUCUCAACUUGGUGGCUCUGGAGGCUUCAACUCCCAUAUCACUGGUUUGGCAAUCACUGCACCUUUUAGAGAGUCUGAGCUUUUGGAGGUCAAGGGUAAUUUUCAAAAAGUCGACUGUGUUGGAGAUGUCAAUCUGUUCCAAGUGAGGCUGUAUGUAUCAUGCUGUUGAAUUAACAGAGGGGGACUUGAAACUUAGUGAUCAGAUGUUGGAAUUCAGACGAACCUUUGACUACCACUAUGCCAGAGCCGACCUUAGUAGUUUCCACUAACUCCUCAAGACUUCCUUUUGAGGAUUUCAAAUAAAGAUAUGUCAUUUGAUACAAUGAAGCCCGUGAUUGUUAUACCUGAAUCUUUAGAAGCGACUAAUAUGGCUGAACCAAAUGCCAUUCAUCACAAGAAGAGUUUUCAUGAACAACAUAGCUUGGAUUGAUCAUCAGAAAAGUCUCGUGGGCGAACAAUUGAAGAGGAAGAUAUGUGUAGGCAAGAAAAUCUGGAAGUCAUUGGCCAUCAAAUUGUAGAUUAUAACCUUGAAGGAUAGCAACUGGGGCUCAGCAAAUGCAGUGCAUAAGUAACCAUCCGAAUUUGGUGAUUGAUGUUUCAUAAGGCACUGGCAUUUCCAUAUUGUUGAAAGGUCAAGCAGCAUUGGCCUGGCUUUUGGGGAGGAAUUUAGGUGCACCGCUAGCAUUCCCUUUGAUGAUCCGUCCUAUCUGAGGGACUUUGCAACUAGCAUGAGAAGCUCCCUAGGGCAUGGCAGUGUCUCUGCAUCUUCCUCUGUGGACGUGGGCCAAGAGAGACUCGUAUGCAGAGGCAGUUAAGCAGCAGGAAAUCAGACAAUGGAACAAAUCCAAAGCACCAACGCACAGGUUCAUCUCCUUCUGGAACUUCAAGUCAUGCUUUCCGAGGAUUAGGUCCUGCAACAGGCAUGCAUGAAGAGAAAAUGGAGGCGCAUGUUCAACAUGAGAUUGUAAAUGUAACCGAUGCCGCAACUCAAAAACAGUUGUUGGUUUCACAAAGUACAGGGGAUGAUACAUGUAGUGAAGUUGAAUGCAACUAUCGCUGUGAAACAAUGAUUGCUUCUACCUUUGAAUUGUCGACGCAUGCCCUAAACAUCCAUUCAGGGGAGAGUUCAGAUUCUUCCUUUUCAAAUGUUGAAAGUUCUGGUUUGUGUGGGAAUUAAUGGUGAAGAGUUCCAAAAUGACGCGAGUAUUUUGGACCGAGAAGCCUCAGCUGUGACUCCAGAGCCUUCUAUAGUAGACAAAGUUAGCGCACGAAGGGGGAAAAAACGUGGAGAAGCCAAAUUCCAUUGUGUAUGAGAAUGCUUCAGACGUGCUCUCACACUAGUGGUGGUUGUAUGUGUUUCUUAUAUGUCCUUUCCAAAGAGCAAAAAUGAAGAAUUAGAAACGAUGGCAAGCACCUUAUGACAUAAGUGUAAAUAUACUCACGAUUUCACACUGGUCAAGUGGCAGGACGAAAAUAAACGAGGAGCUUACUCCUUCAAGCUCACAGGUUUUGACUUCUACUGUCGGUUAAAAAAAUUGAGACCACUAUGGCUUUGUCCCGUCUUUAAUUUCGGAGUUGGUUGAGGUGUGUGUAAACUGGUUCAGACAUCCGACUAUUUGUGAUUUUAACAAUGCAGACCAUAGCUACACAUAGUUUCCAUGGGCUUGGUUUUUUACAAA